CAGCGUGGCUCAAUCGACCAGUUCGUUGAAAACGUCGUACGUCGACGGUGAUGCUCGAUUUAUCUGUUGAGUCCGAUCGAGAUUUCCAUUCAACCGCGUCGGAGAGUCCAAACGUUUGACUUCGACGGAGAGUGGCUAGGCCAACGACUUUGGUUUAGGCGACAACUUUUUGAGAGAGUCAAUUUAAGCGAGCUCUGAUCCUCGACGAAGGUUCGGAGUGUGACUGUUAGCUUGGUCUAUCGAAGCGACUGUCGUUUCUUUUACCAAUUUUAUACCGAUCGGCAUGACGAUCUCGGUGACCGAAACCGCCCUGGAGAAAGAAGCGAUCGGACGAUGUGCCCGGCCCAGCCGUCGUCUUCGCGUCUGGCUCGCCUGGAUCUAUUGCGUUAUUUUCCUGAUCAGCUCCGCCGCCUUCUAUGCGUUGUGGUACACGGAUGCGUUCGAUGACUACGUGCUGUCACAAUUGAAACUGCGCAACGGCACCCACUCCUUCAAGUGGUGGAUGUAUCCACCCAACAAAACGAAAUUUAAGAUCUACAUCUUCAAUUACACAAACUGGAACGAGUUCGAGGCGGGCAAGGCGAGCAAGCUGCACGUCCAGGAAAUCGGCCCCUACAUAUACAACGCGCCAAUGAAUCGUACGAACGUGGAGUUGCACGACAACGGCACAGUCACCUUCCAAACCAAGACGGCUUUCGAAUGGAUAGGCGGCCGAUUCGACAACGAUACCGUCCUGGUGCCAAACGUGCCGUUGAUGUUCGCCACUGCGUACGUCCGGGACCUGAGCUUCGCGGUGCGAUUCGUCACUAACACGGUGCUGUCGACCCUGCAGGAGGAGCCGUUCAUCAAAGAGACUGUCAAUGGUUUUCUGUGGGGAUACGACACUCAGCUCUUUCACAUGGCCAAGCCGCUAAUGAUGCUCGAGCAGAACAUACCUUUUGAAAAAUUUGGCCUGAUGGCUGGGAAACCAGGUAUCGAUGCGGAUCGCAUCACGAUACAUACGGGAACGCGAGGCAUGGAAAAUUUUGGCGUGAUUGACCGCGUGAAUGGGAUGGAUAGAGGGCACAUUUGGGAUGACGAACAAUGCGAUAAAAUGGGAGGCACCUUGGGCGACAUGUUCCCACCUCAUUUAACAAAGGACACGAGCAAACCCCUCUAUGUAUAUAUUAAAGAGUUUUGCACGAAACUACCUUUCCACUUUACCGAACAUACGACCACCUAUGGCAUACCUUCUCUAAGAUAUAAAUUCAGCCCCGAAGUGUUUAACUUUACGGACAAGCAAAACGAGUGCUACUGCAGGAAAGUACACGGCACGAGAGUCUGCCCGCCUUCGGGACUCUUCAACAUAUCCACGUGCGCUUUCGGCGUACCCUUGCUCUCGUCGUUCCCACAUUUUUAUGGCGCCGACAAGUCCCUGCUGGAGCAAAUAGACGGUUUGAAUCCUCGAAAGGAAGAUCACGAAACUUAUGUAGAUCUACAUCCGCGCAUAGCGGUUCCUAUGCGCGGCUGGUUGAGGCUUCAAGUGAACGUGGAAGUGCGACGGGCGAUCGGCGUGCCGUUUCUCGGGAAUCUGAAGGAUGGCAUGAUCCUUCCACUUUUCUGGGUCGAGUCCGGAGCAGACGAGGUUUCGGAAGAAAUAUUGGAGGUCUUCGAGGACACGCAUUUCACGGUGGCCAACGUGGAGAUGGCUUUGCAAUGGGGCAGUCUAAUAACGGUAAUACUCUCCUUGAGUGCCAUGAUUGUCUGCUUUUGGAAAUGUCGCAUGGAACAGAACAUGGUUCUCCAAAGGACAACGUUCAUUCACAACAACCUUUACGAGGUCUGAUCGGAAACCGCUCGAAAAGAAGAAACGAACGAACGGAGACCGGCGAUCCGUCCAGAAAGACAAAAAAAAAAAAGAAUUCCGAGGUAAUGUCGAUGUCCGAAAAAUAUAAGGUCUAAUUUUUUGGAUGUUUCGAACUUUUUUUAAUCGUGAUCGAGUCGACAUUUAGCUUGAAACAGAGGAUGCGAAUCGUAAAGUUACACAAGAGAACGAAUUUGCAUAGUCAAAUGGAGCUCGGUAAUGUGAAUGAUCAUUGUUGUGCAAUGAGAGUAAUAUACGUAAUUAGCAAGGUAAGCUAAGCAUUUUAAUGCACGCUGAGGGAAUCCGCAGAAUUAAUAGAUCUCUCGAAGAUAAAAAUUCUAAAGAUGCUCGUUCGCAUUUGAAAUAUUUUAACAACUUUGCGGUUUAACGAAGCGUUUACCAAGCAACUUUAUUUUGGAUUUUAUGAAUAAACGGGGACGAUACUUUUAUUUUAAAAGAAUUAAGAAGCAUCUCCUUCUUAGUCGCUCGUCGUGAAAUUAUUUAAGACCGCGGGUGUUAAACAAUCAAUCCGGCGAGAGCAGGAUCUUAAAGGAAUGUCAAUGGACCAGCAAAGAUUUCUUUUAUAAAUUGACGGACCGUUGUUGCACCGUGAGAACGAGACAGAGUAAACACGCCCGCAACGCGGCCAAAACCUGUGAUCGAGCACUUUAGUGCAUCGGGAAUAACAUGCAAUUACGCCGACGACGGUUGCAAUCCGCGUCGACGGUCGUGGCAUUCACGCAUCUCGCCAUGUUAUUACCUGACGGUGUCGCCGACCGCGACACGGUGUGUUACGUCGCGCCGUAAUGAACGACCUGUACUUAAUUAAGCGAUAAUGCGCACACACGCGCGACAGUACGUAUUACAUACGACCGUUCGUUAAAUAAGUUCGCUGUCUUGACGGCGAGAUUCGAUGUAAGCUGUUUUAAUGUAGAAUGUAAGACUUAUCUCACUCUGGGGCCCACAAGAUUUAUUGGUGUGCGCGGGUAUCUUCUUUUUUUUUUUUAAUAAGGAAAGCUACCCAACUCGGAAAAAAUUAUGAAACUAUAACAAUACCUAUAGCGGAUAGCUUGUAAUAAAGUAUUCUUUUAAUUGCUACCACAAAUUUAUCUAGAAGAGGUAAAAUCGAGCCGUGAAAAUUGGUCCAUUUUUCAUUUUUGUUUCAAAAAGAGAUAAAACAAAAUUUAAAAAAAGAGAAAAUUUAUUUCCUUUAAUGAUUUUUUAAUUAAAAAAGAAAACGUAAUUGUUUAAUAAUAAAAAAAACUAAAAAUAGGCCAAUUUUCAGGAAUUAAUUUUAUCCUUCUGUGUGAAAAAUAUUGUUUAUUACAUAUCAAGAUGUUCUCUGUGUAUCAUUAAGUGUUUAUUUUAUAAUUUGCUGAAUAUUCGAGUUGGAAAAACCUUCCUUCACAAGUCUAAAUACGGAGAAAAGUGACGCGAGUUCUCCGUCAAGAUUCUACGUACUUGAUAUUGUACACAUAUAUGUAAGAAAUCAUACGGCAUGCGUGCCGUUAUCUUUCAUCGUAUUACGCUAGCUGAAAAAAAAAGUUCAAUUUUAAUACAACACACAGUAGAUAUUUA